AACUAACAAGCCUUUGUGCUGGCAGCUAAGCCUUAGCUCCAACACCUUAUGACUGGCCAUCUGGACUGAGAUUGUUAGAAUGCAUAUAUGCCCACAGAAACUUGGUCAGAUCGUGGGAAUGCGGGCACAGGUAUUCCGUUGGGACCAGCUCUAGGAAAUAACAUCACUCAUACCGCGAAAAGGACUGAUUCCCAAAAGUUUGGACCAUUUUCGAUUACACUGGACUUCUUAAUUUCACUUGAUACGGAGAUGGACUGGCUGAUGGCCUCUUGGGAGGCCGCUAAUCGCCUGUACUUCCUCGUUGUGCUCUUUUUCGUGGUGACAGCAUUUUCAUAUGGAGGCAAAUGGCUCCUCAACUACUGUGCCGAAAAAUUCCAAAGAUUUCGAUAUCUGGUUGCUGGCCCUCAGAUCAUCGACCAAGCAUAUGCUGCAAGCCCGAACCGACCUUUUAGAAUUCUCACGCCCUCGAACAACCACUUGAUGAUCACGUCGAGCCAGCUUAUCAAAGAAGUCUUAGAUACUCCACCUCAAUCUCUAUCGCUUCAUGCCGUAGCAAAAGAGUUACUGCAGCCCAAGUACACAAUGCAUGGCUUCGAAUGGCAAGAGCAGCGAGGUGUUGAAGGCACUGGGUUUGUGCGAGCUUUGCGGAGCAGGCUUACUUCUCACCUACCCCAGUUUCAGCCUGAACUUGACCAAAUAAUCAAGAGCUGCCUCGAUGAGGAACUAAGCAAACCGGAUAAGAAUGGCUUCGUGCCCGUCAAGCUAUUUCCCAUGGUUAAGCGCAUUGUCACCAAGGUGAAUUGUUUGGUCUUUUUUGGAAAGGAUUUAAGUGAGAACACGGAAUUUACCGCGGCUGCCCUUGAGUUUCCGCAGACGGUUGUAUUCGUAGCCGAGUUGCUGCGAAUUACUCCUGGAUUUCUUCGCCCCCUCGUGACAUCCAUUGUCACGCAGAGACACCGCGCAGCAAAAACACUCUUCCGCUACUUGGAGCCUGACGUCCGACGUCGUCUGGCCAACAGGGCCAAGUCGGAUCAGACCGGGCACUCAGAGCCCACGGCGGUGGAUUGUAUGCAAUGGCUCAUUGACACAUCGCCGCGGAAGAAUCCAUGGUCGGCGGCACGUAUGAUAGGAGAAAUAUUGGCCAUCUGGUUCAGUUCCGUCCAUCAGCUUGCAAUCACCAUAACAUACGCGGUUGAGGAUAUUUGUCUACACGAUGAAUACGUCGAGCCGUUGAGGGAUGAAAUUCAGACAGCGAUUGAGGAUAGAUCGAGUUCUCAGUUCGACGAAGCGCGACUUCCCAUGCUGGAUAGCUUCAUGAAGGAGUCCAUAAGAUCUACAAAUGCCGAUGCCCUUAGCUGUCGCCGAAAGGCCUUGAAAGAUAUCUAUUUACAAGACGGAUCGCGAAUCGAAAAGGACGACUGGGUGUGCAUCCCCCAGCGAGCGAUGAUGUAUGAUCCACAUCGAUACUCCAAGCCGCAUGAGUUUGACGGGUACCGUUUUGCCAGGGCAAAUGCCGCACUUCGUCAAGGUUUUACGUCAGCGGACAUACCCGACAAAAGUCCUUCGACUCUCACGUCAGCAAGCCUUGAUUGGCCGAUUUGGGGCUUGGGAAACGCAACAUGUCCCGGGAGGUUUUAUGCCUCAUUAGUGCUCAAGCUGAUUGCCAUCAAUGUUCUGCAGGAGUGGGAAUGCAAGUUGCUGGACAAGACAGCACCUCGGUCCAUGGUUUGGAGGUCCAGUGUGGUCCCCCGCAGUGAUACAGUAGUCAUUUUUCAAAAACGCAGUGAUGCAUCUAGGGUGGCAAGGCAGCUUCGUUGAAACGGGCAUGCUGCACGAAAUUGCUUUCGUCGCGGUUUCGUAAAUGUGGAAGCGGAAAUGGAGACAAGAAUUAUCAGGAUUUGAUGCCUUUGGACUUUUCUUUUUGCUUAUGUGGGUGAGAAUCAGAUAGCUACUGUAGCAUCAGAGAAUGACAUUAAUGACGGCCAGCAAA